AACUGUAAUGUUAUCGGCUUGACGGCACUGGAAUCGGAUUUUUCUAUAGAUUUUUUUUUUAACAAAAUAAGCGUGUAUUUUUUAGAGUCGUUCGCUGUAUGUGUGUCGUCUCUUUCCUUGAAUCCUGAUCUCUUCAGUUGCACUGUGGUCCGCUCCCCGCAAUGGUGUCCAAGAACCAAUUCCAGCCGAACCGGCUGCAGGCGCAGCAGUACCCGCAGCAAAUGCAGCAACCGCAGUACCAGCAGCAGCAGCAAAGCCCGCAUCCGCAGCAGCAGCGCAACAACCAGAACAACAAUAUGAACAACAGUAACCAAAAUCCCCGGGCAGCUGCAGCUCCAUACAGGAAACCCUUCCGUCCGGGCAACAAUGCCCCCGGAGGACCAGGGGGCAACGGAAAUGGGAAUGGGAAUGGGAACAAUGGCAAUGGCAAUGGCAACAACCAGAUGAUGUUCUCCUCCAGCCAGAUGCCCAGCGAUCCCCUGUACAUCGACUUCAACAGUCCGGCACCGGGAAACAAACAAAUUCAAGGGGACGGCCUGAAGAAGAAGCCCAUGAAGGGCAUUAAACAAUCAAUCAAUCCGAACCAGCAGCAGGGCAAGAUGAACAGCCCGAACAACAAGCAGAUGAACCAGCAGCAGCCCUUCAAUAACCCAAUGAACGGAGCCGGUGGCGACUGGCAGCGCUUUCCGGGAAACAAUCCGAACCUGAAUCGCGGUGGCUUCAAUGGUUUCCAGCGUGGGCCACCGCCGAACCGUCCGCCGGGACGCCACAUGAUGGGUCCACCAAUGGGUCCCAUGGGCCCCGGAGGACCACGUGGACCUGGCCCCAUGGGUCCCGGAGGACCUUACCCGCAGAUGCCUUUCCAGCCGCCGAUGCCCGGGAUGCGUGGCCCUGGGCCCAUGGGACCCAUGGGUGGACCACCGCCGCCGCCGCCACCGCACUUCCUGCGGCGCAAUGGACCCGGUCCAGGUCCAGGUCCCAUGAUGGGCGGCCCGCCGCCCAUGCACAUGAUGGGUCCACGGAUGCCGCCGCGCGGCAUGCCCCCGAUUGGACCCUUCGGCGGACCUAUGAACAUGAACGGCGGCCGGAUCACGAAGCCCAACCCCAAGCUGAUCAAGCAGGCGCUCAAGGGAAAGAGCAGCAUUAAGACGUUAAAGAACCUGAUAAAUCAGUAUCCCAUCGACAAGCCCUGGGUCACGGACGAGAUACGCAGCGAGCACGACAAGAAGGUGGACAUCGAGAAUCGGUUGAAGGGCCACAAGGACGACGAACUCUUUGCCCAGUACAAGGGACAGCGCGACAAGUUUGUGGGUCUCUACGAGGCGGCACGGGAGGAGUAUCUCAAGCAGGAGGCAGCCAGCGUCAAGGCCAAGGAUGCCAAGUCAGACAAAGACAUAAACGCAAUUUCAAAUCAGAGCGCCGCCCCUCAGGCCGAAGACGCUAAAGAUGCAACAAUUCCAAAUCCCUAGGCAGCCAAUGCAACCGAAACCGAAUACCGAAUCAAAUCGAAUCGAACCGAAUCAAGAUCAGGUCGACUCACAGAACAGAAACUAAAACUAAAACUAAAACUAUAACUAAAACGUAAAACAAAUGCAGCAAUUUAAACCUAAAACUAAAUCUAAAUCUAAAGAAAAACAAAGAAAAGCGAGCAAGAGCAAGAGUCUGACAAUUGAAGACGUAUAAAACUCAAGACCCCGACUCGAUAUCGGAUCGGAUAUACUAUACACACCCUCCUCGCGAGGAGGUGCUUUUGUCACACGUUGCUUUUGCGACUGAGAACUGAGCUUAAUAAUGAUAAUAUUGAAACAAAAUACAAUAUGAUCCCAGCGAUGAUUGUGCGGGAGAAGUUCUAAUGAUAAAGAUUAUGAUAAUGAAUAACGCAUAACGAUUCACUUGUCUAACGAUGAUUGUUAAUUGUGACCGUAACGUAAAGUAGAGUAUUGAAAUGUAACCGUAACGUAACAGUUUCCUUAUUCGGAAAAAAAUCCUUUCUUCAAUUUUAAGAUGCAGCAAUAUCAAUUAUUUGAACACAAUGUUAUAAACCCCUAGCUACAUAUAUAUAUAUAUGCAUAUAUAUUGAGAUAUAUAUAAUUAAUAUUUCAUAUUCGCUGCCCGGGUGCUUGAGACGCAACAAUAUUGGAUCGGAGAGACCGGACUCCAAGCACCCGGGCAAAAAUCCCUCUGUAAGCCUUGGAUUGCACCGCUUGAUUGUAUUUUUAAAUUAAUUCUUAAAAACUACAAGUUAAGAUCACUCUGUGAACGUGUUCUCGAUGGUGUGCAUCUACGGAUUUGUUUUUGUGUUCUUUUUCCCUGACCCUUGACCCAGACCUUACCUUCCCUUGCUCCCCACCUGUAGUAGAAUUAUAAUGCCUAGAUCUUGAGGACCUAGAUCCACCUGACAAGUGACCUCAAAGAGAAAAAAGGAAGUAACUGGAGGGCCCAUAGUAUAAACUUUAAAAUAGCACAAAUUUAUAAACCAGUUAACAGCAUAUCCUUAGUAUUCAUUUUCUGGCUUUGGGAUUAAGAGAUCAACCAGGAGGGAUUCUUUGAGCACAUAUUUGCGCGAUCAAGAGGCCAUAGGAAAAAAAUCUCUGCUCAACCUCUGCCGGCACACGUACAGCGUGGAACAGCAGUCGCUGCCCCGUGCAAGUACUCACAAAAAUAAAAGACAGAAUGUCAUUGCUUUACGCUCACUUUAAUCUCCUUUAAAGCCAUUAAUAUAGCACCAACCAAUCAGUUAACAGCAAUCAAUUAGCAAUAACUUAACUGACCUUUGGGUCAGAAGAGUAACAAUUAAUUCUAAGGCACAGUUUAUAAACCUCUGGUUAAGGUUCAACAUAGCAUUUAACACGGUUAAACCUUAUUGGAUUUUACAAUAUAGUUCAUGUAAUCAGGUAGCUAAAUAACAAAAUUGUCAAUAGGGAUUAUUAAGUAAAAAUAUGUAAAAAUACGCCAGUUUGACCUUGCUUGUCAGGUGCUUUUGGUCCUGACCGUUAGUCGAUACCAUAUAAACACUCCCCACCUCCCAUAUCCCCCCACAAGAAUGAAGAAUACUGCAGAAUAAAGAAAGA